CUAGAACAUGCAGUAACCAUGUCGGGGCUUAUUUAUAUUGACUUCCCUUUCUUGAACAGAGUAAACUCCCAUAUUCUCGAAAAUACCCGGAAACGGCCCUCUCCCCUCAUAUUCGACUUUAUUUCAUAUCAUCAUCGAAGCCCACCAUCCCCAUAAUGCCCGAAACAAGCAACUCCCGAGUCCCUCGUGGCCCCGUAGAAGCCGAGGUAGUCUUCUAUCAAGACCCCGCAGAUGGCUCACCACCAUUCAACUAUGUGGAGCAACAGCCAGACGGCCAACCGCAGCGCAACUACAGUUCGGUCCCGCAUAAAGUCACCAUCGCUGAUAUCCGCGGCCAAGAAGACCAGUUCACCCUAGACCGCGACGCAUUCCAAGUAUUACAAAACAUCCCCUCCCAAACCACAUACGAAACCUUCAACUCGGACGAGGCUGUCCAACAAAUAUAUUACCCUGAAGUCGAAAAGCUUCUCCUUGACAAGGUUCCGGGCGCUCACAAGAUCAUCAUUUUCGAUCACACUAUCCGCCGAGCGGAUCCCAAGGCCGCGCGUCAACCGGUCCAGCAGGCCCAUGGGGAUCAGACUAAAUGGUCCGCUGCACAGCGGGUCCGUCGACAUGUUGCCGAUCCGGAGGAAGCGGAAAAGCUACUUCGUGGACGGUAUCGGAUCAUCAAUGUUUGGCGGCCGAUUAAUGGGGCGGUUGAAUCGUUUCCCUUGACUUUUGCUAGUGCUGCGACAUUGGGCGAUUCGGAUUUCGCUAAGAUCGAACAUCGGUAUCCGCACUUUAGUGGCGAGAUUAUGGGCGUUAGGUAUAAUCCGAACGCCGAGUGGAAGUAUCUUUCGGGGAUCGAUGACGAUGAAAGGUUGUUACUGAAGUGCUCGGAUACUAAAGAAGGGGUGGCGGAGCGUGUUCCUCACACGGCUUUUGUGGAUCCUCGCACAGCUCCAGAUGCCAAGGGGAGGGAGAGUAUUGAAGUUAGGACUAUUGUAUUUGGGUAGAGGCAUGAGAAAUGAACCGGGAAAUAGCGAGUAUCUGGUAUAUUUAAGUGACAUCAUAUUUCAAGAAUGCAUAUUCCAGUCUCUAGACGACCUUACUCCAAGUUUGACGAAUAUUAUGCUAUGGGUAAAUCCUGCAAAGAUAACCUGGCAUGUGUUCUAUUGCGUACAAUCUAAAGUGUGUCCUGUACAUCGAUGCCUACUUGCCAAGAAUUCAACAGACACCAAGAAUAUGCAACUCAAGUACAGUCCACAUAUGCACCCUAUGCACCCUGGGUCCCAACAGUCUCAAUAGCCCGAUCCAUCCGCAAAAAUCUUCUUUACAGACGCCCUCUCGCUUAACUUCUUGGACCACGCCGCAAUAUGGGGAAAGUCUCGUUCCAAAUUCUCCGCAUCAGUUGCAUACCUCGGAGCCCACCAUUGCCACGGCAAGAAACAAAGAUCAG